AUGGAUAUUGACCUUCCUUCACCCGCUCAUAUUUUGAAAUCAAGACAAAUGCAAGUUGUUCAUCUAAUUUGCUUGUUGAUUGCUAUUCUGGUACAACACAAACUUACCAUCAAGAAUGGUCCUAAUUUACCUACUAGAGAAACUCUUUUAAAACGUCGAUGUGUAUGGGAAGAGUUGUUACAUAACCUUUCAAAUGGUGGUCAAUGUCGUCAGCUUAUCCGUAUGAGUGAGCAAGCUUUUAAGAAGCUAUGUGUUAUCUUACGACGUGAUGGUGGUCUUCGACCUACUCAACGAAUGUCUGUUGAAGAGCAUGUUGCAAGAUUUUUGCACAUUGUAGGUAAUGAUUUGAGAAACACAUUUGUCUCUUGGAUGUAUCGGCGCUCGAAAUCCACAACGAGUAGGUGCUUCCAUAGAGUUUUGCGCUCGGUUAUAGCAUUAGAAAGUCUUUAUAUUCAACAACCACAAGGUGAUGUUGUCCCCAAAGAAAUUCAAGAGAAAAAGAGAUUCUUUCCUUACUUCAAGAACUGUGUAGGAGCAAUUGAUGGUACACAUAACCCGAUAAUGAACAAGCAAGAACCUAUUGUAAAUACUGGUAAGAAAUCACUCUUGAACUGGACAGAACAUAUGGAUGUUGCAUUUGUUGAUGUAAUGGUACAACAACAAGAAAAAGGAAAUAGGCCUUAUGGAAAUUUUACAUCACAAGUGUAUGCGAAUAUGGUUGAGGAGAUCAAUACGAAACUUACAAUGAAUUUAACUAAAAGUCAUCUAAAAAAUCGUUUGAAAACUUUGAAAUCUACUUUUUCACAAUGGUAUGACAUGUUCAAUGGGAUUUCCUUGAGUGGGUUCGGUUGGAAUGCUGAUACCCAACUAAUUGAAGCAGAUGAGGAGGUUUGGGAUAACUUAAUUAAGUCAAAGCCUGAUGCAGUUGCACUGAAGACAAAAAAGGUGGCCCACUUUGAACAAAUGUUGGUAUUAUUUGCAAGAGAUAGAGCUUUAGGAGAAAAUGCUGAAACUGCAAAGGAGAGAAAUGCUAGGUUUAACAACACUACGAACAUCAAAAUAGAAAGUAUUUCAGAGGUUGAUUCUUUAUUAGCAAGUAAUGAUGUUAGACUGGAGAACCAACGUGUAGAUGAUGAUGAAGAUGACAUUCAAGUGGUGUCUCCUACACCUGAACAAAAUUCAAGUGCGAAAAAAUGUAAAACUAAAAAAAGAAAACUCGUAGAUGAAGUAGAACAGGAAGUUGAACCUCAGCCUCAACCUGAACCUGAAACAUUUGAAACAAAGAUUAUGAAUGCUGUUAGUGAUGUGGCUAAUGCAAUGAGGGAAGGUAACAAAAUUUUUGAAAGAGCUUACCAUUAUGAGUUAACAGGUGAUGAAAUUUAUCAAGAAUUGCAGCCGAUGGGUUUGGAAGCCCAUGAAAUACCAGGUGCUCUCAUGUAUUUGGCUCGUAACCAAGCAGAUGCGAGGACGUUGUUUACUUGUCCAAUGAACAUAAGGAAGGAUAUACUAAAAACAAUGAUGGGUGCAGGUAAAUGA